AACAGAGUGGAUAGUCAAAACACCUUCAGCUACCUUCAUGCGUGUCUGUGCUCCCUCCACCCUCCCUCCUCCUCCGUGUGUGUGUGUGUGUGUGUGCGCACACAUAGGUAAUAAGCUGCUCCGCCACUGCGCAACGAUGGAGCUAUCGCAACGAUGGAGAUGACGCAAACAGACCCAGCUCUCCGAAAAAGUGUUUCAAGACGAACAUGGCGGCAACUUAACCGCGGUCCAAGAUGACAAUGGCCAACGGGAGAAAUGAUUCUAGGCUUUCCGCCCAGGUACGGGACAGAGAAACCAGCCUGCGUGCAUCGACAGGGCUCUUUGCUCUCCUUUAAGUGAAUCUGCAAACCGAACGGCGGCAGACGCGCAGCAUCAGUACCAAGAGGCUCGCAACAGCUGGUCUCCCUGCGCCCCCGACGAGAAAACAAACCCGGGGAGAGACGGUAGGGACAGGGGGGCAUGCGGUCAAAGAGGACGCCGUUUCCCCCCGGAGAGCCAUGGAGAACCGGGAUGCGGCCGCGCGAAUCUUAAUCUGUGCGGGUGCGCUAAUUGGAUCGGAAUAGCACCGUUUGUUGCGGGCGCGAUAGAGGAGCGCCCUGGACCGGCGAAGGCACGGCACCCCACCGUUACAGAGGAGAACCAACCGGAGUCCAUCUCCCCCAAAGUCAAUGAGUAUUGUGGCAGAGCAGCCCCCGCGGUGGAGUCGGCCAGGGCAGCACUUUCCUAAAAUAUGACCAGGGGUGCUUGGAUGCGUCGGCAGCAUGAUGAAGGCUUAAAAUUCUGGUUUGCACCCCGAGAGAACGAGAAGCCAUUUACCGAGUCGGAGCGGGCCCAGAGAUGGCGACUGUCGCUGGCCUCUCUGCUGUUCAUCACCGUCCUGCUCUCUGAUCACUUGUGGUUCUGCGCCGAGGCGAAACUGACGCGAACCCGAGACAAGCGGUCGGACGAGGGGCUUGCAAUUACGGACAUGGGCGAGUACCCAAACUCCCUCCACCGACACCAUAUUCCAACAUCACCUGAUCCCCACCGCCUCGCCAGAGAGCAAGAUGUUAUUUUUCUAGGGAAUUCUACUCUGUGGCGAAUGGACACCUGUCACCCUGACAGCCUGUCCAAAGACUGCUUUACUUUCACGGACGCGGAGACCGUGUGCCUGGGCCUCUCCGGUGGAGGGGAAAAGGGGACACAGUUGGCGUACGUGAAUCUGAGCGAUUUAUACCUUUCUUUUUGUAAUUCCUACUCACUUUUGGAUUUGUUUUACGGGUUUACGAGUCCGGACGAUUUGAAUUGCACCCUGGAUAUGGCCAUGGGGAUGGAUCAGCUGGGAUGCAGAAAGUGCGUCCGGGCUUAUCAGAGUCUUGACCAGCAGGCGGAGAAGAACUACCGGGAGUUUGAACUGCUGGUUCAGAAAUACGAGACGGAUGCAUACUCGGUUAGGACGUGCAUGGAGGAAUGCAAGAUGGCUUAUAAGCCCUGGCUGUGUUCUCAGUACUUCCAGACCACCCAGAUGCACUGCAGUAAGCGAAUCCCCUGUGGUCAGUACUGCCUGGAGGUGCAGCAGCGGUGCCCCUUCAUCCUGCCCGACAAUGAUGAUCUCAUUCAUGGAGGCAGCCCCAGUUUUAUAUGCACAGGGCUGCUGGAGAACUAUCCAUCAGGUGUGGACCCGGAUGCAGAGUGCUGUGACGUGCGGUGGGACUUGAAAGUGGACAACCGUUCCCGGGGGACCCUGAAAAGAACUCAUCCGCCAUGCCAGCACCGUACCUCCCUCAGCUCCUCGGCAGCCUGCAGACUGUGUAACAGCCGGCUCAAACUCUGCCUGCUGGUCCUCGUCCUCCUACACACUGUUGCCAGCCUCACUGCAUCCCACAAUGCAACAGGACUGGGCCUCCCCGCCAUCACGCCUCUGGAGGAGAGCCCUGCCAAUGAGGAGUGAUGGAGCUGCCAGGAGGAGGUGAGGUUGUUGGGGUGGGGGAUUCCCUCGCCAUGGCAACCGAUGUGGAAAAAUACAGCCACAGUUGUGCGAACAGCUGCAGCUGUGUGCCUGUGGACAUUCUGCAACGCCUUCUGGCCAACAGAAAUGUGGGACGCUUUGAGACGAAAGACACACAAAUCAAUCAAAACAAAUAAAUAAGUAAACGAACAUACUGCGGGACUCAACCAGUCCCUUAGACAGAAAGGGGACAAUGCCACAGCCUUUGUUGAGUGGGAAGGUCGGCUUCCUCAUGGCUGAGUUUCUCUCACUACGCUUUUUUACACUGUGUUCCAAUUAUUGGUUUCUGUUGCACUGGCUGACUAUGGAAUAACACAAUCAUAUUCUCUUUCUAAUGUUCAUCCUUUGUGUUUGUUUCUGGGUCUCUCAUAAGGGAAGAAAUGUGUUCUCUAAAAAAGACAGAUAAUGUGUAAAAAAAAAAAAAAUUAGCUGCAAGUUUGUGAGGGUGUGAUGGUUUGUGUCUCUAGAUUUACUGUGUGUGUGCGAGCAUGCAUGGACCUGUGUGUGUGCUUGUGUGCAUGUCUUUACACGUAUAUCUGUGUGUGUGUGUGUGUGUGUGUGUGUGUGUGUGUGUGUGUGUGUAAGAGAGAGAGAGAGAGAGAGAGGGAGAGAGAGAGAGAGGGAGAGAGGAUGAGUGUGUGUUGCUGACACAUACCCUAAAAGUCUAACAGGCUGGUGCAUCGAUGAUGUUUUUAUGGAGCCCCAUUACCACAGACACACACACACACAUACACACACACACACACUUAUGUCACUUUGCAUCUCUGCCAUGCUGGUUUGUUGGCCAAAAUCCCCUUAAAACUUAACUGGGUUUUGAAUUUGGUUCUGAUGUCCAUAAUGAGCACUGUGUUUAACACAAGUUUAUGGUUUUUCUUCUGUUUGUUUUGUGAGAUAAUAUUCACCUAUGUAGAAAAUUAGCACAUGGCUAAAGUGCGAAAAACGUCUGCAGCAAAAUCUGAAUCAAAAUCAUUUUAUAUAAUCACAAACUAACGAUGAAUCUUAAAAAGUUUAAAAUUUUGAAGAAAAAUGUCAUCUCUGAUUCUCUGUCAGUUUUGCAUAUUAUGUAUUGAAUGAUCACAGUUUAAAGCUGCUAAACAGAAGCAUUAGGAUUCGUACUCCUCAUGUUGUACUCUGCUGUGUUUUGAACCCCAGGCAGAAGCACACAAUUGGGAAGCUGCAGAAAGCUCUUUGUAAACAUACGGACAUGAGCAGAAUUGGAAGGCUCAGGGAUUCUUUACCUUGGUGUUGGUACAUUUUUGGUUCAUUGCCCUUUACACCCUGGAAUAUCUGUCUAUUAUUAAAAGCAACAUGAACAUUUUGCAAUAGAUUUUCUGUAGCUCAGUUUCUAAAAGAGUUAGCCACUUUGUAAAUUAGUUCACAGGAAGCCAAAACAAAGCACAGAGAAUGCUUUUAUCUCACAGAACAAAACAUCAAACUGUGUUAAGCUUGUCUUAACCAAAGAUCUAAUUUCCAACAUUUUACCAAAACCCCAUUAAGAUUCUGGUCACUUUUCAGCAAUAUUGCUCAGCAAAGUUAACUGACUUCAGGAUUUUAGCACUGGUUUCAGUAUUCACUGUUGCACCACACAAAGAAGCAUUUGCUAUUUUGGAUUUUAAAGCUACUAUCCAGUCCAAACAAUGGUUGCUGAAGGAUGUCUUCUCAGCCUCAACAACUGCGGUCCUUUUAAUUCUCCCUACAGAUCACAUUUGAUUCAUAAUCAAGUGUGAGCAGCAGUUCAAAUACAACUAAUUUAAUUCUAUCACCACUUUUUGAAAACAAAAACUCAAAGUACUGCAGUAUUUGCCCUUCAACUGACAUCUGUGUGUGGUGUCUUUCAACUUCAGGCCUUUUUAUUCACAGGAAACAUGAUCACUGGAUGUUACUCUUGAGGACUUUUUACAAUGAGCGGGGAGCUGUAGCUCCCGUACAGUUAAUAUGAAAGGAAAGGUAGCAUCCCACCUGAAACAGUGUGUAGAGAAGUUCCUUUACCACCAAUGGGUAUAUUACACUGACCACCCAAUACGUAAGGACUAACAUUUUGCACAUUUCCAACACAGACACAAUUUAUUCUGAGUGGGCAGUUUGUGUCUGAACGAAAUGUGUCUAAAAUCUUUUCAAUGAACUGCGUGUGGAGGCCUCUCUUGUUGAUUUCUGUCCUCAGCCCCAAUCCACACCCCAUCUGAUCUCAAAUCAGCUCCUGUAGCAUGCUCACUGUCUUGUACUUUUCUCUUCAAAACAUCAAACCAACUGUCUCAUUAAUUAAAGGGCUUAUUAUGAUACACAGUACCAACAUUAUCAUCAGCACAGUCAGACACGCAUAACAACAUGCACAUCCAAAAUAUUAGCAGACAAAAGGAUUAAAAAAAGAAAAAUUGUGGCUCCUUUCCUGUUUCUUUUUAAAAUCAUAUGCCCGCAGUACAGAGGCAUUCUCAUUGGCUGUUACUGGAGAGCAGGAACAGAAACAAAUUCAGAGAGAGGAGCAUGUCAUUGUUUGUGUAAGCACUAAUGGCAUAACAUGAUAAUCGUCUAAAGUCAGCUGACACUUGCGUUUAUUUUACAAAUGUUGACCAGCGUGUGAACAGAAAGGAAUGGUGUGACCUUAAGGGCUGACUUCUUCUUUUAGUUUUUAUAUUUUUUAUUUAUUUAUUUUUUUGUCUCUUGAAUGAACAAGGCUGUGAGAUCAGGUAUUCAAAGACAGAAAGAUGUUGCUGGGUGCAUUUUUUCCACUCUCAAGUAUGUUGAUUACUCAAAUGAGAUGUCCAAUCCAAUAUCUGAUGUCAAGAAUUUUAUUACACAGCUUAUAUGAGGAUUUAGAAUUCAUCAUUAUUCACACCUUGUCUAUAUACAGCUGAUAUGUUGGCUUCUUUUGGCACUUAUACUGUUUUGACCCUGCCGGACUCAAGACCAUUCCUGCUUGCAUGAAAUACAUAACUGCUCAUUGUCAUUCAGCACAGCACACCCAUGCCCAUCUUGGAUGACUGCAUUCAGUGAUAGAAAAAUGCUGCUAUUCCAUUGAGCACCAAUAGAUGGAGAUAUUUUUAUUCUUUUAUAUUGCUACUGCUGCUGAAGACCUACCACGUCAGGACUGUCACAUACGCAGGAAACAGGAGGGCUGAGCUCUGGAAGAAAAAGAGAUGGGCCUGUGGGUAAAUGUGUGCUGUUGUGUGUGUGUGUGUGUGUGUGUGUGAGAGAGAGAGAGAGAGAGAGAGAGAGAGUGCGUAUGCAGGGAUGUGUGUUAGUGUCUGACACUAAUUGCUGUGUGUUCUCUUGAGAGCUCAUUAGCAUUGCCCCGACCUUGGGGCCUGCAGGACAGGUGUGGCAAACCACCACUGUCUUUAGCCCCACAGGGACCUUCUACAUUAGUGGUCACAUUAUUCACUUCAGCCCUAAAGCUGCAUGGACUGUAGUAUGAAACCAUUGUACUGUACAGUGUGUAAAAACUGUGUCAGUGCCCCGAGACUCAAAACAGACUAGCGUAGGCAUGGAUCUAUGUUUUUUCUGUCCAACAGCCUGAAAUGAGAUAGAAGAUAUAGGAGGCAGUGCACAGAAGUGGAUGAAUAACCUGAAACUGGUGCCAAAUCAAACCUUUUAAUGAAUAAAUUAACCCAAUUCAAAUCUGGUAUGGGAGGCUGCUCAUGCCAAACAUUAAGGGGCAACAGGAUGAAAACAGGGUCCGUCGGCAUCAUGGAAGUGUGCCAUGUUAGCAAUAUAUGGACUGCACCUCAUAAGCCUCACACAGCCCUCAGCAUGAACACAUGUAAGGGAUCUCUUGAAGACAUACAUGAGAUUUCAUUCUGUCCAUCAUGUCAGCAGUUGUUGUGCUUUGUGACACAGACGGACUGCUCGACAUGCAUCCAUACAAUAACCUGCGCUCACAAGUCAUGCAGAGGCCAUAUCUGCUUUCCAUGCAGAAAUGCAUCCACACUGUGGUUGCAUGGGUGUGAAUGCCGUGCGUAUGUGUUGUCCUUCAUGCCUCUUCCGACAUGCUUGCACCAAGGAUGGACAUAUUUGUGUGCAAGGUUUCUCCCAAAUACUAGAAUUAGAUUUGUUUGAUGUAAAUCUCUGAUUUGACUUUUUUGGUAAUGCAGGCAUGCACGCAAAACUUACUCUGCUGUAAUAAUUUUAUUUAUCAUUAUUUUUUUACAUUUCUUACUGCACUAUACUGACAAGAAAUUAUGUAGGGUCCUAUAGAUACAGUCUAGAUCCCUGACAAUGGUCUGUAGCAGUCGUAGGGUAUGGUCUGUCACAUUCCAUAACAUACCAACCUACAAAAACUAAUUUUGUGUUUUACCCCUGCACAUAUAGACUAUGUAUGCCUCUUGCCCCUAAACCCUGUGCACCCACCACCAAAUGAUAUGUACACAGAUAUUGCCCUCUAUCACUCCCUGUCAGCCUCUCUCUGUUUUCACAAUAGUUCCGUUCUCUAUCCUGUGGAUCUAUGCAGAAGCCCAUUCCUUUUUUGGUUGUAAAUACGUUCCCUAGUAUGCUGAACAAUGUACGUCUUUGCGUCCAGGUUUCCUUGUGUAUUUUGAGUUGAUGUCAUGCUGUUACCUCCUUCCUCUUCUUCUAAUUCUUUUUUUUUUUAUUUCAAGCGUCUGAAAUCAUUGAUGUUAAAAGAGAAUGUGGUGCGAUUUAACCAAUAGACUUGUCCUCAGCUUCACAACCUUAUUGUAAAAGGUUGUGGUUCUGUGUGUGUGAAAGCGAAAGAUUUAUGAUUAUAGAAAUGAAAAAGGUUCAAAGUCAUAUAGAGGUAUCAUUACGAUUAUGAUUAUUAUGAUUACUAUUAUAUUACCAGUAUAUUGUAAUAUUAUAGAGGCUUUAGUUCAAGUAACUUCUUUAAUUUUUUUACAAACAACUUUGAUGAAAUGAUUUAUAAAACAGUCUCACAAGUCAUGAUCUUUUCGAAAAGUAUGAAAACUACUGCUACAAUGAUUAAAAUUGUGUUCUGAUGAAAAUAAAUACAGACAUAUAAUCUG